AUUUGUGAGGACACAAGCUACCCUCAGGUACCUGCAGCCUGCGUUGGCAUGCAGUUGAACUUUCACUGAGGUUCAGCCGAGCGCUAUCUAUCAACGGGGAAACUAGCGCCCGUAAAAACACACAAUCUGGAGUAACCAUGUCGACAAUACACCUGUGUCUCUUCCUGGUGCUGUGUUUGGGAGCCAACUUUCUGCAAAGUUCAUCUUCCGGAAUUUUGAAGCGGCAAAAAAGAAGGUGGAUCAUCAAUUCCUACAGUAUCGACGAAGGCUACAAAGGGCCGUUCCCAUACGUCCUGGACCAAAUCAAAAUUGAAAAGACCCUCAUCUAUUUCGAAAUAAGCGGUCCAGGCGUUGAGGCAGAACCCCGGGACGUGUUGAGGAUCGACAGAAACACAGGCGUGAUUACGGUCCACCGCCCCGUCGACUAUGAGAUUGACAAAUCUUUAAUGGUAAAGUUCAGGGCUUUCGACAGAGAAAGUCACGUCAUAGACACGGAGCUGGGCGUUGAGAUUCUGAUCAUCGACGCCAAUGACAACCCUCCCAAGUUUGACCGCGACCGGUACGAGGUCAGCACAAAGGAGGCCACGUCACAAGGCAGUGAACUGAUGCUCCUCACGGUAACUGACAAGGACAUAACGGAGAAGUAUCAGUUAUUUGAUUUCAAAAUAGUCUCCGUUCAUCCUCAACCAUCCGAUCUGGAGUUCUACAUCACCAAGAGGUAUCAAACUGGAACCAUUUCAUUUAAAGGGUGUCUGGACCAUGAGAAAGCAGAGAAAUACACCAUUAUAGUUGAGGCCCGAGGCCAAGGAGCGGGACCGCAGCUCUCCAGCUCCUCCACCGUUGUGAUCCAUGUAGAAGAUGGAAAUAACCAUCUCCCUGUGAUAACUGGACAGACAGGUCUAGGCAGGGUGAGAGAAGGAGAAGAAAAUGUUCUCAUCAAAAGUCUGCAAGUUACGGACUCCGACACCAGAGGCACGGAGGCCUGGAGAGCCAAGUUCCGAAUCCACGGAGACGCGAACAACCACUUCAGAAUCUCUACCGAUCCCAAAACAAACGAAGGGCUUUUGUUUGUGAACAAGGCGAUGGACUACGAAGACGGCGGCGUGAAGAACUUGACCAUCAGCGUGGAGAACGAGAUCCCCUUUGCCUCGUGCAAGGUGGUGGAGCGCAGCGCCAUCGGCCUCUGGAAGGUGACCACGGGGGGCGCCGCGCCCGAGACGCUCGGCACGUCCGGCGUGCAGGUGACAGUGAUCGUGGAGGACGUCAACGAGCCUCCGGCCUUCAAACCGCCGCAAAAAGUAGUGGCGAUGGCCGAGAACGCCGAGGCCGGGAAGCACCUGGAGACCUUCACAGCCGUGGACCCCGACGUCGCCAGCGGCAACACGAUUGUUUACAAAAAGGGAGACGACCCGGCUGAUUGGGUCGAAGUGGACCCCCAGACUGGGAAAAUCACCACUACCAAGGCCUUGGACCGGGAGUCGACCUUUGUGAAAGACGGCGUGUACACUGUCACACUGUACGCCGUCGACAACGGUCGGCCUCCAAUGACGGGCACCGCGACCCUGAACAUCCAGAUUUUGGACCAAAACGACAACGCCCCGUCCCUGGCUGUGAGCGCCAUGGACAUGUGCCAGUCGGACGGACGCUCACUGGCCAACAUCACGGGCCUGGACCCGGACGCGCCGCCCUACGGUGGACCGUUCACCUUCCAGCUGAAGGGGACGGAGACGGCCGGGUGGAAGCUCGACGCCACGCAAGGGUACUCGGUCCACCUGGUGAAGGAGCCCACGGUUCCUUCGGGAGAAUACGAGUUGCUGCUGGACGUGUUCGACCUCCAGGGCGUGAAGGCCUCGCACAACCUGUCGGUUACCGUGUGCACCUGCGAGGACGCGACUGCGACGCCCAACUGUCGCCAGCGGCGAGCCGCCAGCUCCGCAGUAGGAGUGGGGGCCCUCGCGGUUGUUUUUUUAUGCAUACUGCUGCUUGCGGGUUUGCUGCUUUUGUCUCUGCUGGUGACAUGUGAGAAAAAGAGCUUUCCACUCCCGUAUGAUCCCGCAGAACAAGUUCUAAUGCGCAGCAACACUGAGAAACCGGGAUCUGACUGCACGGUUGCAUGGCCAAAUUGGGUGCAAAUCCCAGAGAAACAGGCUUCUAUACCAACAAACAAGAAUGCUGGGGUGUGGGAAGGAAUGCACCAAAGUGCCAAUUCCGUAGACCAGCAUUACGCUUGGAAUUGGGGAAGCGGAGCAUCGUCAACCAUGAACAGCAGUCAGCACAGAAACACAGAUAGCCGUUGGAAUAACCGGACUUGGGGUGGAGGCAAAAGAUAUUCUACAAAUCAGAAUUCUGUGCGGAUCAACGCCGUGGUGCUGAGUGGAAAACUAAAGCAGAGGCUCGCCGCCCUCGAGCACCCGGGAGAGGAGCUGGGUGAUUACGCUCCUUGCGUGUACGCCGAGGAGGGAGACGACGCAGGCGCCGGCUCCCAGCUCGACGCCAUCUCCAUCUGUGACGCUUCCUCCGGGCCGGACUUGGACCUGGAGCUGGACUCCAAGUUCAAUGACCUGGCGUCAGUCUGCAUGGAGAUGUCUCCGGGGCUAAAACUGCUUCCCAACAACGCAUUGUGAACUAACUGUGGGCCGGUUAUCAGUCCUAAAUGUUCAACUCGCUCUGCGGUGCUGUUAGAGUAAUCUCUCUGGUGACUCAGUUCUCAUGGAUUAGUUUAUCUUCGGUACAUUUUCUGUGGGCUCUAGUAGUAAAGAAAGCAUCAUGUUGUUCUUCAAUUGUUGUGUCGCGUGAAAGGCUUUUUUUUUUUUGCAACAUUUGCUUGUUGUUCGGUCGGACUGCCACGAAGCAGACAAACAUUUCACCACGUGUGUCUUUUCUCUGCAGCAUUUAGAGCAGGGCGAACAUCGGCCCCGGAUGGGAAGCUGGGUGUGUGUCUGCGGGGCGGCGGUUGGGGCGGGCAAUCACUGCGUGCGGGUGUGUCAGCGGGUAAAUAAAGCCCUUCCAAGGAAGUAAGAACGAUGAACACUGAUGAUAAAGAUAAAGAACCUCAUCAUAUUUCCACGGUAAAGGCAGCCAGCCAGAGCUUGUCGAGCCAGUUUUUUUCUGCCCGUGUGUUUGUGCGUGUGUGCACACGAAUGAGCUUCUAUGUGGGUCCACUUUUAAGAAAUUCUGUAUUAGUUAAAAGGGUUUGUUGCUCGGCCUUAAUGCCAGCAAGUGCAUUAUUUAAUGUGUGUGUGCAGGUGUGUGCGUGUCGUCCUGUCAGAACUUUACUGGAAGAGGGUUUGGAGUACUUUGCCCAGUGUUUAUAUGCCCGUCUGCGGCGUUACAGCGUCAUGAUGACAAUAAAACACUGUGUGCGAUCAAAAUAAAGCACAAUCACACGGAUGUGUUUGUAAUUUGGCAGAAGUGACCUAUGAUCUGUUGUUGACUGUAGUCAAAGGUGAAGCAAUCACUCCUUAGUGGGAAAUCUGACUCCUAAUCAGAGUGUCAUGGUCAACCAUUAAAAGUUGAAGUACUUUGAGUCUAUUGUUUACUAUUUUCAGUCCUAAGAACGAUAUCGUUUGUGAAUUUGUUUGACAUAGGACCAAAUAAAGGAAACUGAAUUUGCAUG